AUGAAGUUCUGCAAGACUUACCAACAGUACAUGCAAGAGCAGGGGCGAAAGCUCCCUGCUGUUGGCUUCAAGAACCAUAAAAAGAUCAUGAAAAAAUGCAGAAGAGGCUCCCAACCCCUUACUCAAUCCUUCGCCAUCAAAACCUGCCCUGAUCAUUGCCAAGUGUGCGAUGGAACCUUUUUCCCUUCCCUUCUCAAUGAAAUGUCAGAUAUAGUAGGGUGCUUCAAUCAGCGCGCGCAGAAAUUGCUGAAACUACAUCUUGCUUCUGGUUUUCGAAAGUACUUUCUCAAGUUGAAAGGAAAAUUACCAAAGAAUCAUACUGCUCUAACCCAAGAAGGCAGAGAUCUAGUCAUAUAUGCAUUGAUAAAUACCAUAGCAAUUCGAAAAAUACUGAAGAAAUAUGAUAAGAUUCAUUAUUCCAAGCAAGGGCAAUUAUUCAAGUCCAAAGUUCAGACUAUGCACAAGGAAAUUCUUCAGAGUCCCUGGCUUGCUGAGCUUAUUGCCUUACACAUCAACCUAAGGGAAACUAAAGUCAAAACAAGGAAGGCACCUGCAUUGUUCGAUGGAUGUUAUCUCACAUUUAAGGAUGCAAAACCAUCGCUUACUUGUGAGAUAUUCGAUUCUGUCGAAAUUGAUAUUGACUUGACUUGCUCUCUAUGUCUGGAUACAGUAUUUGACCCAGUUUCUCUGACUUGCGGCCACAUAUUCUGCUAUACCUGCGCUUGCUCAGCAGCAUCAGUAACUAUUGUCGAUGGACUUAAGGCUGCGGAUCCUAAAGCAAAAUGCCCUCUAUGCCGACAGGGAAAAGUUUAUAAAGAUGCUGUGCACCUGGAAGAGUUAAACAUUCUUUUAGGCCGAAGCUGCAAGGCGUACUGGGAUCAAAGGCUUCAGAUGGAGAGGGUAGAAAGGGUUAAACAAGUGAAGGAAUAUUGGGAAACGCAAUGUAGGGCGUUCGUGGGCAUCUGA